AAAAWWAWUUAAAAAAUGUCUCGCUGUUUGAUUGUCAUAUUAGUCACAAUAGUGGCCACAAUAACAACAACACUGGCCAUAUCUGAUACGGCCAAACAUAUACUGGAUCAGGUAAACAAAGCACGUGUAGCCAAUGCAACCAACCUAUGGAAGAUCAACCUUAUGGAUGAGGAUAUAACCGCCAAUGUUACCCGAGUGGUCAACGGUUUCCGCAAUGCUACCCAAAAUUUCCAACAAAACAAGUGUCUUGAGUUGACCGACGAGGAUAUGGGCAAAGGUGUCGGCUAUGAAAACAGUGGUUGUUAUGAGUCGCUAGCGUUGGAUACGAUGAGUCUUAUCAGAAAAUAUAGGGAAGAGUUUUGGAUUGUUGUCAGCGAAUCGGCAUUUAUAGGAUCAGCGUUUGGUAGCACCGGUAUAGUCGCCUAUCAGUUCCAAUUGGGACCAAUGUUUUUGGGUGUAUUCCAGCAACAGGGAUACGGUUCCAAUAAUCAAUUAACUAAGACACCGAUCAUYAACUAAUCAAUAAURUCUUAUAAAUAAAACAACUAUACCUUCAAUYUAUUUGUAUUAAUUA